CACAAUGCAGCGCGCAGUAAAUUUUGAAGGUCGUGCAGCUAUCGUUCAUGCGCACCGAGUUCUUUCUGCGAGAUUUAUCAUUCUUUUUUAAAGAUAAUCUGGGAAGUUAAUCGUGUUAAAUCGUGACUCAGUAUGAGCAAUAAUAUUUAAUAAUAAUAAUAAUAAUAAUAAACGUUGUCUUUCUAGUCCGCGUUUUGGACAGGGGUUUCUAUCCAACAUGGCUGAGAAGGAAGAGUUCACGGAUAUCAGUGGAAAGACCAUUAAAUUAUCCUGCCAGAAUUAUUCUCCUUUCUGCAGGGAGUUCACCAUCAGCUCUGCUAAGCUGUCUCUCGGCAGGGUGAUGGCGUUCACCUGUACCGUGUGGCUGCUCGCUUAUACUGCCUUUUAUCUUACACAGAACACGGCGGUUCUGUCGGGCGCCAUCUUCGUGACUUUGUCAGGAAUGCUGCUGCACAUUCACUUCGUAAAGGUAGACCACGAGACGCUGCUGGUCGUCGGUUCGCUCGGCGUCCAGCUGUCCGCCGCGUACGCCUCGGGCCGGGAGAGCACCACCUUCAUCGAGAUGAGCAGGAUCAAAGACAUCGUCAUCAACGAGGCCAUCCACAUGCAAACCGUCAUCUACUACCUGUGCAUUUUGCUCAAGGAUCCUGCCGAGCCCGACGGAGUCAGCAGUGUUGUCCCGCUCUUCCAGAGCUCUAAGCCGAGGCUGAACUGCCUGGUGCGGGUGUACAGGAGCUGUCAGGAGAUAAUCGGACAGACGUGACGACGACGCUGACGGACGAGCUGGAGCUAUGAAUGUCGGCGCGUCUGGUCCUGCCACAUGCUCCGAAUAGCUCGCUUUCAUUUACUGAAUAUUUUUAGAAUACUUUCAACCCUUGCCAAAAGCGUCGGAAAAACCCCCUUUCAGAGUCUUCAUGUGAACCGUGACAGCCCGGGCUAAAUCAGGGUUCUACUCCGUUCUAGAUAGACAGAUGGAUAGAUAGAGAGGGAGAAUAUGUCUCAUAAAAUACAUGCAAUAAAUAAGUAAAUAACAAGGCCAAUCACAGCUUUAUAUAUCUUCUCGUCAGCAUUCCGAGCUUUUUUAUUUAUUUAUUUAUUUAUUAAUUCCACGAGAGAGAGAGAGAGAGAGAUGCUGGAGAGGGAUCGAAUGGUUAUAGCUGCUAUAACAUAAGCGAGAACAGGAACUAACUGGCUUUGUGGACAUUCCGCGACGUUAAAUGUAACUAUAAACUGAUAAAAAAAAAACUGUUGUUCUUUAUUAAAUACGUUUCUAAAAAAAAUUGUAAUCAUCGUCAGGUUUCUGUGGUAAAAAAUAGAACUAAAAGACUCGAGGGAAAACACAUAACCUGUGAUUCGUUAUAAUCUUCCGGCCAUUUCAAGCUGUAUUUAUACUCGAGCGAAAGUUUGUGCACCCUCACUUGGCGUCGGUUCAUUUUAUAGACGGAUUCAGAUAUUACUUGAUCGUAAAAUAUAAUGUUUAGUUUGGGUCUCUGUGUGUUUUUCUGUUCAUUUCUUCCAUGCUUUGGUGAUGUUUUCAUGUGUCUUUCUUUUUAUAAAGAUGUUUUUUUUUUUUUUUUGUCUCUCUAAACACUCUGUCUUUCUGUGUUCUUCUCCAAGCUCCAUGAAAAGUCAAUAUUUAUUUUGCUUUAGGGCAGGUGAGAGCUGUUUUCCUGAUUCACAGCAAAACUUCUCGAGAGGUUCACCCUGUUUGGCUUUUCCUGCUUAAAGUCUUAAAGUGUCGCGUUUCAAGUCAUUAAAAACCUUCACGGGGAUCAUUCGAAAUUAACCAACUAGAUCAUGUCGGCAAGCACGCGAGCGUUUGAGCUUCGCUGAGUAAAAGAACGAGCGCCGUAAUAUUUAGGCGAGAUGUCGUAAGCUGAUUUUAAUCAGAAAACACGUCUGAAUGAUGUUUUUUAUUCAAAACUGCAUUAUAGAGCUAUAUUGUAUUUUCUAUAUUGUAAUUGUCUCCAAUCAGAAAGCAAGGGGGUGCCAAAAUUUUUCCUUUAACUUUAAUUAUUAAAAAAUUUAGUGUGUAAGAUGCUCGAUGAUUAAGUACUAUUUUUAAUAUGUGAUUCAUUUGUUAGUCAAAGUAAGCUUAUUUAUUUACACUAGAGAUGUUUAUUGUUUUUUUGUUUUGUUUGUUUGUUUUGAACAGUUUGGGACAGUUUGGAACAAAAGGUUACAGCUUAUAGAUUAUGAAGAUGUAUUUUUAGACAAUAAUGCCACGUAUUUUCUAACUGUAAUUCAUUUUGAAAUGAAAUGUUUGUUGUUGUUGUUUUUUCCUGUCAGUACAUUUCCCAAAUAAAUGUUUUUCUAAAUAAAUGGAAAGCAGUAACCCGACCUGACCACUAGGGGGAAACCACGAGCUGCUUUGAUUCUGCGUCAACUAUGAGUUAUAAAAUCUAUUUAAGAUUUUUUUAAAAAUGCAUUAUAAUAUAGAUUACUAAAACUGUACAUGCAGGAAUGCUAUCAGUAUUGCUCACUGUGGGAAAAAAAUGUUUAACUACAUAUUAAUGAAAAAACUGUAAAAAAAAAAAUAAAUAAAUAAA